AGCGAGGCCUGGGACUGACUGGGCAGCGGAGGAGCUAUUAUUUCCCCUUCUUUCAGAAGGGGCGUGGCUCGGUCGGAGCGGGUCCGGCCGCCAGGGUUCUGGCCCUACAGGACCUCCUGGUCACCUUCCCUCUGGAGGAUGUUCAGGGCCACUCGGAAACCCCAUGCUCUCGAGGGAGCCAAGUCUCCGAGUUAAGCUCCCCUUCGCAUUUUCUCCCCUUUGCGGGACUCUGCACACAGCCCACGGCUCCACAGGUCAGGGAAGGGUACACAGUAGGGGUGUGAGGGGCCACUGCUGCUCGGAUUCGGACUCGCGAAGAGCCUUUCUAGUGCCAGGCACAGAUUCCGCUCCCCUCGGUGGUGGCCGGGACCCCUUGCUAGUGGCCUCUCAUGAGAACUGGGCCAUUCAGAGCGAUUAUCAGUCACGAAGCCCAAGGGCCUUGGGGGGUCACGCGGGGUGGGGGCCGGAGAGGCGCCACCCAGAGGCGGGAUGACGUCCGCAGCUACUUCACAAUACACAAAUUGUUACCUGGGCAAUAAAAAGCACCGGGCGGUGAAGACCCGGGAGUAGGCGCCCGGGGGGCAUGGGGGUGCAGAUGGCAAGCACCAUUGGUUGGGCCUGAGACGGGAGUCCAGCCGCCUUCCGACAACAGUCGCCUCCUGCUCCCCGUGUCCCCCAGAUGCCACGAUGUCGGAUGACAGAAUUCUGAGCAAACUCGGCUACAAGCUGGGCUGCACGAUAGGUGAGGGCAGGUUUUCCAAAGUUAAGGUGGCCACGUCCAAGAAAUACAAGGCCACGGUGGCUAUCAAGGUGGUGAAACGGCAGCGUGCGCCUCGCAACAUUGUCGACAAGUUCCUUCCUCGUGAGCUAUCCAUCCUUAGGAGCGUGGGGCACCCACACAUCGUGCACGUCUUCGAAUUCAUUGAGGCGUGCAACGGGAAGCUGUACAUCGUGAUGGAGGCAUCCGCCACGGACCUGCUGCAAGUCGUGCAGCGCAACGGGCGCAUCCCUGGAGGGCAGGAGCGCGACCUCUUCGCGCAGUUGGCCGGCGCUGUGAGCUACUUGCACGAUCACCAGCUGGUGCACCGCGACAUCAAGUGCGAAAAUGUGCUGCUGAGCUCAGACGAGCGCCACGUCAAGCUUACGGACUUUGGCUUCGGCCGCGAAACACACGGUUGCCCUGAGAUGAGCACCACCUACUGCGGCUCUCUCGCCUACGCGGUACCCGAGGUACUUCUGGGCAUCCCCUAAGAUCCCAAGAGGUGCGACAUGUGGAGCCUGGGCGUCGUCUACGUCAUGGUCACCGGGAACAUGCCCUUCAACGCCUCCUACAUCGCUAGCCUGCCCCGGCGCCAGAAGCGUGGCGUCCUCUACCCAAAAGGCCUCGAGCUGUCCGAGCGCUGCAAGGACCUAAUCGCCAAGCUGCUACAGUUCUACCCGUGUGCCAGGCCUUCAGAGGGCCAAGUAGCGCGCAACGCCUGGCUGCUUGAACGGACUCCGGUUAGGAGGCGGGGUUCCCGCCAUCCCUGACGCCCGAGCAUUGCGCACGCGCCGCGCACUCGGGACAGGCGCGCUCGCGGAGACCCACGUACAUCCCGCUUGCCACCGCGCAGAUGUUCUUCCCCCUUCCCUUUCCCCUCGAACCCUGGGGCCUCAGCAGCCCGAGGUAGGAAUUUAGCUCCUCCUACACGAUCCCGAGAGCCGGAGGGCGCGUGCGCUCCCCAGACUCCCCGCCAUUGGAGACGGAACAUUGCGUCUGCGCGGGGUGAGAGACGGCUGCGCAGCGGUAGGAACGUCCGCAGAUGUGCGGCUGCUGCCGAGUGGCCCUUCCCGGGAGGCGUCCGUCCCGAGUCCCCAGCUCACGCUGGUACGGGACGGCGCGCUCUGGGAGGUGCCCGCCCUGGAACCUGAGCAUUAAACUCCCUCUUCCUGG